AUGAAGUUCGCCGCCCUUCUCAUCGCUGCGGUAGCGACCCCAGGAGCCCUGGCAGACUUUUGGAUUAGCUACGUCAAUCAAGAGAUCGAAAGAAAUCAGGGAAAGAGGAUCGUAGAGGGCGGCUACAUCACCAACGGGCCCCCAUCCACCUGCGACGAUUUAACUUCGUACCACGUCUGGCCCAACUCGGGCGACGUGAGCGCUGACAAGACCGGAAUGCGCACCGUCCCCGUAAAUCCAGUUGACCCACCGUUGUACCGCGACCCUCUUGACAUCACCGAAAUCAACACAGGCGACGCGGGACCUGGCCAUUUCACGGUCUACAAAGACCGUGGCGGUGCUAUGGUCGAUUUGAAUGGGAAACUUCUCGGCACGUGUGGCGAGGACCGCUCGAAAACUUUCGAUACAACCUGCGAUAUUGAUCGCUACCCUGCCCGCAUCCAAGGAUCUUCUAUGUACUUUUGCACAACUGGUCUCCAGGCCGGGUCCAAGGACUAAACUUGUAUCCUUGCUAUAUCCCGUCACCUAGCAUGCUAGAU